AUGUUAGGCAUAUCUAAGAAAGCUCUUCUGCUCAUAGCUCUUGGUCUCUCAAUUGUUAUAGCCAACACCUGUGGUGAAAACUGUCCAUCAGGCAAAUGCACUGAUUGCAAAUGUGGAACAGGUAGAUCAGAUGUGAACAUUGCCGCUGAAUGCGCAAAAUAUACUGGCUGGUCUCAAACAUGCUGCUAAUGUAUUGCCAAGCACGAGAGUGGAGGCAAUUCACAUGCCUAACUCCACAACACUAAUGGCUCAGACGAUGUGGGUCUCUGGCAAAUCAACAGUUCAAACUGGGGUUAGUGCAGUGGUGGCAAAGCUCCUUGCGAUGUAACCUCCAACCUUGAAUGUGCCAAGAAGGUCUACGCAUGGGGUGGCCACACCUGGAAAUUCUGGUCCACCUGCUCUGCCUGUGGUUGCUGCGGAAAAAAGGAGGAGGCUGAAUUCCUUAAAGCUGAAGAAGUUGCUGCUGAGCUCAUUCAAUGA